AUGAAAGUCUCUACGUUGCUGGCUUCUGCCUCCUUGGCAGCAGCAGCCAACACCACCUCCAACGACGCCUGCAGCAAGGUCAACAAGGCACACCAACAAGCCAUCCAAAAAAACACCACGGCCGUCGUUCCGGCAGCGCUCGCUCAAGAAUGUCUCAAGUCAAUGCCGUUUCCUAAAGAUGUCGCUCACGAGUUCUUGGCUGAGCUGCGCAAGUACAUUGGCUUUCAGUCCACGCUCGAGAUUCUUCAGGAUCCCCCCAGCACCUAUCUCUCCCAACCAGUGGACAUCUUGAAGGGGCUGGAUGCGAUUGAAAAGAAGUCCUACGACAGCCACUACGACUUCGACUACGACAUUGGUCAGCUGAUCAACUCUGCCAACGAUGGCCACUUUUCAGUCUCGCUGUGCUCCCUCGCAAUCUUCAGCUUCCAAAGACCCCAGGGACAAAUGGUCUCCGUGUCCAAGGACGGGCGUGAGACCCCUUCGCUGUACCUCUACUCUGAUGCUAAGCAGCUUGCCGCUGAGAACAGCACCGUAUCUCCAGUUUCGACCAUCAACGGCCAAGACGCCGCGCAGUACCUGCAAAAGGAAGUUGCUUCUUCCAGACGCAGCCAGGAUCCCGAUGCGCGAUACAACCAGCUCUUCACGUCGAUUGCCAUCCUGUCGUCCGGCGCACCUCGAGAGGCCGGUGGUGCAGUAACCAACAACUACGACGUGUACCCGGGAGAGGACAAACUCGAAGUGCAAUUCAAAAACGGUACGAGCUUCACCGUCGAGACUGUGGCUCAAAUCUCCAAACUAUUCAAUGCCACGAGCGGAGAGGAGCUGUUCCAUUCGUUCUGUGGCCCUGUAACCCCCAGCAAAACAAAUGGAACCGAGCCUGCCGCCCCAACAAAGCCCCCUUCGCCGAGCGGCCCUACGGGUUAUCCGGACCCUCACCUCCGCGACGACUACAACCAGUUGAACGGGUAUUACUUUGACAACGACUCUGCUGCGAUCUUCAUUCCAUCCUUCGACUCCGAUGGGCUUCCGGAUAACUCAUCCCAGCUGUUUGCCAACACCACUAUACAGUUUCUCCGCCAAGCUGUGGCUGAUGGUCGCACGAAGCUGGUCAUUGAUGUUUCUGGCAACGGAGGUGGUACUAUCACUCGAGCCUUUGACUUGUUCAAGAUCUUCUUCCCCUCCGAGUUCCCAUACUCGGCUACACGUUUCAGACGCACAGGCGCGAGCAAAAAGCUGGCAGCGGCCUUAGGUACCGUAAAGAGUGACGACUACCAGGACGUUAAUGCCUUCGGAUACCAGGCCGCCGUAACGCCAGACCAAUAUGCCGACUUCUCAUCGGUUGAAGAAUUCUUGGGGAACCAGACCCAGCAUGGAGUUGCGGUAUCAUCUCUGUUUGCCAACUUCAACUACACUGCCACCUCGAACGAGGACCUUCCCAUCCACGGCUACGGACCAUGGCGAGGCGUGGAUGGGUCUCUUUUCAAACCCGAGAACAUUAUCAUCGUCGGCGACGGUGCUUGCGCGUCAACCUGUACAACCUUUGUCAACCUCAUGACCAACGUUGGCAAGGUCCGCACCGUGGCAUUUGGCGGUCGUCCGGAAGAGAAGCCCAUGCAGAUCAUGGGCGGCGUUCGCGGCGCCCAAGCGUCACAGUACAGUGAACUUGGGCUGUUUGUGAACAAGGCUGCUCAAGCAGUGCAGAACCUAACAAACACCUCUGCGGCAUUCUCUUCUGACUUUAAAAAGGAGUUUAUCAAGACUACGCCGAUUCCACUAGCAAAGUUUCCAGUGCGACUGGCUGGUGGCAGCGUCAACCUGCGCAACGCCUACCAGCAGGGCAACGACGAUCUGCCGCUGCAGUUCCAGUACCAGGCGGCCGACUGUCGCUUGUUCUACACUGAGGAGAAUGUUCGCAACCCGGCUUCCAUUUGGAAGUCGGCCAAGGACGCCCUUUGGGGAGGUAAAGGCUGCGUGCGCGGAUCAACUGGUGCCAAGGGCUCACAAGAGGACAACGCUACUAGCACUCAUGGCGGCAGCAGUGGAAAUGGCGCCAACGGUAAGCCUCCAGGUACAAGUGGCGCGAUGCCUGUAUCGAUCGCCUGGUCUUCUAUCGCCGGCGGUCUACUCCUGAUGCUUUGGACAACUUUGUAG